AUGGGGACUCUGGUUCCACCAUGGUACCGCACCCGGAAGACCUCCGAGGGCGGACUGCUCGUCGGCGCCUUUGUUUACGGCGCCGCCAUGGCCGUCGCAGCCUUCGAUUGCACCAAGGCCGGCCGUCAGUCGUAUCGAUCAUGGAAGCGAUGCCACAAGGCGACCAUCUACGUGAUGAUGCUGUGGGCAGAGAUAAUCAUGUAUCGGGGGCUGCUCAUCGCCAUCGGCAUCAUCAACGUCAGCGUCUUCUGUAUCUGGAUCCCCGCGCGACUCCAGAUUAACGAGGCCUUCAUCCGCGUCAACCAGGUGUGGGACCGCAUAGAGAAGGUUUUGUUUGCCAUCAUCGACCUGAUGAUGAACGCCUAUUUCAUGUGGCUCGUCAAGUCCAAGCUCGUGGCCAUCGGGUUGACGCAGUACAACCUGGUGUACCGGGCUAAUCUGGCCAUGGUCACCGUUUCGGUCUCGCUUGAUGUCGUGCUCAUCGGGCUCAUGUCGCUGCCCGACGACGCAGUCUACGUCCAAGCGCACCCUCUCACCUAUCUCGCUAAAUUGAACAUCGAAAUGAACAUGGCCGAGUUGCUUGGCAAGGUUGUCAAGCGGUCGACCGAGAGGAGAUCCUCCAUCCCAGGAUCUACAGCAACGGACACCAGCUGGCAUCCGCCCUUGGGCAUGCAUAGCUUUGACAGAGAGUGGCUGGGCAGCGCAAAGGACGUUGUUAUGCCCACAGGCACGGCAGGCAGCGGCGGUUGCAGAAGCAGAAGCAGACGCGGCGGACAGAUGCACGAGCUGGACAUGGAUAUCCUGAACAGAGACGAGCCAGGGUCUACAACCCGGCCCCGCUCGUCAACCAAAGGGCCGCUGGAUGAGGACAUCCCGCUGCCGUCACCCCUCGCCGCUGACCAAGUUCAACGAACGCUGUCGCUCCGGAGCCAGCCGCGAAGUCCCGGGCCCGGAUCUCCGAGGAUGCCGCCAUCGCCCGCCCGCUCCCCGGCGCCAACGGGCAGGCGGGUAAUGUCGACGGCGCCUGCCCCGCGGGCCGGACCCAAAGACUUCUCGUACUUGCUCCGCCCCGAGAUCUACCACCCGCUCACCGCGCUCAACGUGCCCCCGGCGUUCCGCAACCCGGCCCAACAGUCAUCCCCAGACACACCCAUCCCAGACCUGCUCGCCCGCGGCCAUUUCCGCGCCGCCGCCAUUGCAGCCACGCAGGCGCUGACCAACGGCACCGUCUCUCCCACGGACCACGCCCGGAUUUUCGACCUGCUCUACACACGUCUCGCCUGCCUGACGCUCAUCGACGCAACCGCGCUAGCCGCGCAGGAGGUGAAAGCGCUCGGCGACCUGCACUCGGCAUUCUACUACUCAUCCUCUCCAUCCAACCAACAACCGCAGGCCGACGACGACAGCGCCGAUAGCCCCGCCCACGACCGACGCGCAGCAGCAGACCCUUCCGCCCCUGGCCGCUCACCCCAGCCGCCGCAGCCGCCGCAGCACCUCGUACCCUGGCCGCUCCGCCUGCUGGCCGUGCGCCUGCAGGCCCUCGGCUUCGGCGACCCGCGCCGCGCCGUCAUGAGCUACUACGAGCUGGCGCGCGAGGCGCGCGCGCAGCUGGGCCAGGCGCGGGCGCGGCACGCGCACUCGGACGCCGAGGUGUGGCGCGCGCGCCUGGCCGACCUCGGCGUGCGCGUCGCCGGCGCCCUGGUCGAGAUGGACGACCUGACCGGCGCCAUCGAGCACCUGGGCACGCUGAAGCCCGCGGCGGGCGACGACGGGCGGAUGGCGGCCGUGCGCAUGGCGCUGCUGUGGUUGCAUCUGGGUGACGUCGAGGCGGCGAGGGGGUGCAUCGCUGAUAAGCACGGCGUGGUGGGGUCCGUUGAGGAGAAGGUGGUCCGGGCGUUGUGUGAUAUGGCGGAUGGAGAGUAUGACGCGGCGCUGAGCGGAUGGACGGCCUUGAGGGAGGAGGUGGAUGAUGAGAUGGUGGCCGUGAAUAUGGCGGUCUGCCUGCUGUAUGUGGGCAGGAUGCACGAGGGCAAGGCGCUGCUGGAAACACUCGUGGACUCUGGCAGAUCGUCGCACACGCUGCUCUUCAAUCUGACGACAUUGUAUGAGCUUUGCACCGACCGGUCCCGCUCGCUUAAGCUCCAGCUGUCGGAGAGGGUCGCUGCUAGGGGGACAAGGGUUGAUGGUUGGGAGAAGACGAACGCUGACUUCAAGCUGCAGUAA